AUGCUGGCGGCGUGCCACGCGCUGCACCUCCUGCAGGUGGCGGACCGGGAGUCGCACGCCGUGGCCGAGGCGCGGGAGACGGCGGCGCGGCUGCAGCGGGAGCGGCGCGCCGUCGGACGCGUCUUCGAGACGAGCCGCGACAUGUACGAGGUGCUGCGCCUGACGAUGGACCUGUGGCGGAGCAACAAGGACGACAUGGACGCGUACCUGCACGGCCUCAAGCAAAAGUACCGCGCCAUCGGCGGGCUGCAGCAGGACUGCGAGGACUAUGUCGACGUGGGCCACGUCGAGGACACGGUCGAGGAGACGCUGCAGAUGAUGCAGGCGUGCCAGCACAGGUUCGAGGAGGCGCAGAAGAAGUGGUGGGAUGCGAAGCAGGAGUAUCAGAGCGAGCAGCCGGAUCUGCGUAUGAGUUCUCCUGAGGACUAUGGUGUCGAUUCUGAGUAG